CUUAUUAAUAAUUUCCAAGUUUUUUUUUUUAAACAACACGCUCGAGCUUACACGCGCGUCUUAUUUUCUCUUCGAUUCGCCUGACUUUACCUCUGCCCCAAAGCAAAAGGAAAAGAGAUUUUCUGCCUGCCCUUGCUGUUCGAUCGCAGCCAUGGCUACUCUAGAUUCCGAUGUCCCGAUGGUCCCCGUCGGCGAGGCUUCCAGUAGCAGUGCUCCUUCAUCCUCCUCUAAGAAGCCCAAGCGCUUCGAGAUCAAAAAGUGGAGUGCUGUUGCGCUCUGGGCCUGGGAUAUUGUUGUGGAUAAUUGUGCAAUUUGCAGGAAUCACAUCAUGGAUCUCUGCAUCGAAUGCCAAGCCAACCAAGCCAGCGCCACCAGUGAGGAAUGCACUGUUGCUUGGGGGGUUUGCAACCAUGCAUUUCACUUCCAUUGCAUCAGCCGAUGGCUCAAAACUCGUCAAGUGUGUCCAUUGGAUAAUAGUGAGUGGGAGUUCCAAAAGUAUGGCCACUAGAUUUUGGGCUGGUACCCGUGGAACCCCUCUUACCUUUCAGUUGGCUAUAUGACUUAAGAAUCAGAAUUUGACAUGCCCUGAGUGCAAUAUGCUAAAUUUUAUGAGAAUUAAAAUUCUUAUGUUAAUCUUUCCAUUUCUUUCUCUGGACGUGGAUGCUGAUGAAUGUCUUUUCAUGUGAAUGUUGUUCCUUGUUGAUCAGUUUGUGCAUGAAAGGAAACCUAUCUAUUUAGUUAGUCUGUUCUGUUGCAACAGAGAUUA